CACUAUAAUGCAACGCCGUAAGCGCAAGCUGGCAGCACUGUGUGCAAAAAAUACAUACGAUUUAUAAACUAAAGGAACAAUUACGUAUUACGUGAAAAGAACGCACCAAAAGUAAUACUAAAGUUAACGCUAAACAGCAUAGUGUAAUAACCGCCAAUAUAUAGUGCGUGUGUGUGUGCUAUAUACAAAAAAUCCAAGAGGAAAAGUGAUUCAAACUAGUUUCAACACCUUGGAUUUCGAUUACAUUUUUCAUCUAUACACUUGCAAAAAGCGACCAGAGCAGCAGCAGCAGCCGCAGCAUUGGAGAACAACGGUGGAGAGACAGAGAGCGCUAACAAGCGAGAACGUAGGAGAGCCAAAACCAACCAGACAGACAGACAGCCAGCCAGCCAGCGCAACACAGCCAACAACAGCGGCCCAAACGCGUUAAAUAGCGACGGCAAGGGAUAAAAAGAAAAGUUAAACGUAUUGAAACCGAUAACAAAUUAUAAAUUGUUUACACCAGUGCGCUUAGCAUAAAACAAAGACAUUUACGAACGUGUCUCAUCUAAAAAACAUUUGGUUAUAUUUUUUUUUGCAAACGGCUGAGUAAGCGUAGAAGAGUGCAAAAAACGUACAAAAGAAAGAAAAAAAGGAGCCAAGGAGCAACGAACUGUGUGUGCGGUGUAUGCUCUGAGUGUAAAAGGUCGUUUUACAGCUCACAUAAGAAGACUGAGAAUAAAACACAGCAAAAAAAAGAAGAAAAAAAAAUAUAGAACCACAGCUACAACAACUAAACUACCAAUAAGAAGAAGUAGGCGCCAAGGAGAUUCGAUUGGACCUCCGCAACUUGGAAUUUGCAACACUUGCAACUGCAACAGCAACACGUACCGUAUCCUCCUCCAUCUCUAUCUCCAUUGAGAGAGCGUUUAGCGUGAAACGCGCGGCGGCAGUAGGUGGCAAAGGAAGCUAACGCUAAUGAGGAUCUAUUGGCAGCAUGAGUACACUGGGGGGAAGUAGGGGAGAGCGAAAUGCCAAGCCCAAAUUCACAGCGUUGGAUAUAAAUCGCAUGUACAAGAAUAGUCGAGGCGAAUCGAGUGAACCAUCUGCCCAAAAGAAUCAAGUGCCGCGUAAACAUGGAAUGCAAAUCCUGGGUAAAGUGCCCUCCGCAAGGCGACCACCAGCCAAUUUGCCAUCCCUGAAGGCCGAGACCAACAGCAGCAGCAGUGCAACUCCCCUCAGCAAUAACAGCACCAGCAGCAGCAACAACAACAACAACAAUAUCCUAGCAACUGUUGAAGGCAGCACAGGAGUCGGAGGAGGAGCAGUAGCAGCAAUUGGAGGAUCAGUAGGCGUUGCAGGAGCGAAAGUUGCAGUUGCAAACAGCAGCAGCACCAGCAGUCACAACAACAUUGCCGCUGUUAGCCACAACAACAGCAAUAACGCGAGCAACAAAUACAACAACAGCAGCAGUAACAACAAUUGCAAUAGCAACAACAGCAGCAGCAACAACAGUCACAGCAGCAAUAGCAGCCACAACAUCAACAGCAGCAACAUCAAUAGCAGCAGCAGCAACAACAACAAGAAUUCGAAACUAAUCAACAACUCGGCCAACAGCGGAGGAGUAGGAGGAGGCGGCGGCAACUCCUCAAUUGGAUCAGGAUCAGCAAGUGGUGCUGGCAGCGGAGGAGGAGGUGGGGGCAACCACUCGAUUAAUUCACCCAAAACAUGGUCAGCAAUAACGACAGGACACGAGCGUGCCGGCGGCAAUACAGCUGCUCAUGCUGGACAUGGACAUUAUGGCAAUCGCCAGAGUCACCACCACCACCACAGCCAACAACAACAGCAGCAGGUGGUGCCACAUUAUCAGAGUCCACAAUUUCAAUACGAAUUCCCCACACUGAUGGGCGGUGGUGCAGGCUCAGGAUCAGGACAUGCGAAUGCAUCCGGUGGCGGAGGAGGAGGCGUUGGCAAGGGCAAGGAUCAGGGACAUUAUCAAAUGCAACAACAGCAUUCGCAUCAUCAGCAGAAUCAUCAUCAGCAAUAUCAUCAGCACCAGCAGCAGCAACAGCAACAACAACAACGCGAUUAUCGGGAUGGUCAUCAUGGUCAUCAUGGCCGUCAAUAUGGACAUGGCCAUCAUGCGCAUCGAGGCGGCAACAAUCCCGAUGCCAGCGGCAAUUACAGAGAUGGCAACGACGACGCAGUCGGUGGAGGAUCAGGCGGAGGCGGAGGAGAACUAAGCGAGAUGAGCCUGCGACCACAAAACGAUCCAGCUGCCUGGUUGCAGCAACAGGAGAAGGCAGCCAAGGAGUUGGCAUUGAACCAACAGGGCCAGGGCCACCAAAUGAAUGCCAAUGGUGGUGGUGCAGGUGGGUCCGGUGCGUCCGGUUCCGGUGGCAGUGUACCAUUGCCAAUCCUCUCGCUGAUGCCCUCAUUUAUGCGCAGUGGCGCUCCAUUGCCCGUCUCCGGCUUGGGCGGUGGUCCCACAAUGGCAGCGGCUGUGGCAAAUGCUACAACGGAUUCGAUGUCAUCCUCUGUGCCCUCAGUACCCUAUCAGAAUGGCAUCUCUGGUGGCGGACGCUCUGCGUCGCCGGCAAUCCUGGGCAGCUUUCGUGUUGCCGCCGCGAUUCCCAAGCGUCCACAGGCGACGUCGUCAACAACAACGCCUCCGCCCACUCGGGAAGCAGGUGCAACAUCGCCUCCCCAACAGCAGCAGCAGUUGCAACAGCAUCUGCAACAGCAGCAACAGUUGCAGCAGCAUCUGCAACAACAGCAGGCAAAUGGAGCUGGACGCAUGGACAAGGAUUAUGUGGUCGAACCCGAAGUGGCACAAAUGCAACGCCCCAUCAUACGCGAAGAAGAUUUGGAGCGUCUUAAUGCGAUUGCCAAGGAUGACAGCUGGACAAAACAGGAUGAGAUUGAUUACACCAAGAAACUAACAUUCUCCGAUGACGAGGAGCAUGCGAGUUCCGAGGAUGCUCAUCAUCAUCAGCAGCAGCAGCAACAACACCAUCAUCAUCAUCAGCAUCAGCAACAGCAACAUCAUCACGGCAACAACAACAACAAGCAAUCCAAUAACAAUAAAUUGUCAAGCAACAACAAUAGCAACGCCAACAACUCGUGGCAACAACGUGGCAAGGACAGCAGUGAAAGGGAUUUGGAUGCAUGCGAUCUUGGACAGGAUCAGCGACAUCAGAAUGGACAUCGUGGCAGCAGUGGCAAUGUUGUUGUUGGCGGUGGUGGUGGUGGAAGUGGUGGAGGUGGAGGUGGUGGUGGUGGUGGCAUUGCUCUCGAUGCGGGAGUCUAUGAGCGUGUGAAGCAACGCAAGGAGGAGGAGGAACGUCGUCAGAUGGAACGUAAACAGGCGGCGGCCAAGAAACUCUUGGAGCUGGAAAUGAAAAUGAACAGCAAGAAGGCGUUGAACGAUGCAGCGGCCAGUGGUGCCAGCAAUGUGGCAGCCACCAAUGAAUCCUCCAUUGCGUCUCUCGGCAAUGUCAGCGAGGAUGAGGGUGGAGGUGGUCCAGGUCUAACAGCUGGUCAAUCGAUGCAACAACGUCGACCCCGUGGCAGCAUCUCCAGCUUGAGCAGCGGCGGCGGAGGAGGAGGCGGCGGUGGUACAGGUACAGGUACUGGUAGUGGAGCUGCUUCCACAUCAGCCACAGCUGGUGGGGAUUAUGGACAGAAGCCCGUGUUUAUGACGCAUUUUCAAUCGAAUUUACCGCCACGUUUUCAACGCCAGCAACAACAACAGCAGCAGCAACAACAGCAACAACAAUCGCUGCCACGUGGUGGCAUUGAGAAGAGCGCCUCGGCGAGCAGCGCCUUUGAUAACAGCAGCUCCCGUUACCUACAAAAGGGAGGAGGCGGAUCAGGAGGAGGUGGUGGCGCCAAUGGAGGUGGUGGAGGUGGCAGCGGUGUCAGAAGCAUCUCUGGUGGUUACUCCCGUGGAACUGGCAGCUAUGGACGUAAUCGUCAUGACAGCGCACGCGACGAUCAGGAUGUGUCUGGUGUGGAGCAAACGAGAUAUCGCAAUCAGGAAUAUCGCAGUGCACAACAACAACAGCAGCAGCAGCAACAACAACAAUCGUUGCCCCGCAGCAUCUCGGAGAAUUCGCAUCGCAAGACGAGCGUAUCGUCUGGAGAUGAUGCAUUGCUGGGCAGCUGUGGUGCCGGAGGAGUAACUGUUGCUGCUGGUGCCGGAGGAGGAGCAACUGUUGGCGGUGCCUGCUCCUGGGCUGAGCAAACGGAUGCGGAACAGAAGCAUCAUCGGCAUCGCGAGGAGAGCUUCUCGUCGACGCACAGUCAUGAUUCGGCGGUGCAAAUUAAGAUCCUGCAACGGCCAGCGCGUCAGCCGAGUCUUAGCGAGGAGAAACCUCCACCGCCGGCACUGAAGCAACAACCACUGGACACCAUGCAACCCACACAGAUUCUCAGGCGCAGCGUUGAGCCGCUGGACAAGUCCGAGGAGAAGUCGACGCUGGAACAACGUGAUCGUGAUUCAGUUGACAAGUUGAUCGAUCCGCUGCUGGCCAAGGAUGAGGACAAGGAUGCGACGCGUACGAUAUCCACGUCCUCAUCUUCGACAAGUGCAGCACAGGCAGCGGCAGCAGGGAAGCGACCCAGUCCACGUGGUGGACGCAUGCGUGAGGAUUUGCAUGCGAGAGGCGGCAGGGGCUAUCCGUCGAGUGGUGCAGGUGGCCCAAGUGGUGCCGGUGGUGGCAGUUAUCGUGGACAGCGCAGCAGCAGCGAUUGGAGCAGUCGCAACAGCGCAGGAUCAGGAGCUGCAACUUCAGGUGGUGGAAGAGGGCGAUACUAUGGCAGCGGUGGGGAGCAGUCGGAGCAUUCGGAGGAUGUGGAUGAGGAUUGCUAUAGCAGCAGUGGUGGAGGUGCUGCUGCUGCGAGUGGUGCACCAAGGCGCAGUCCCAAGGUGCAGGCACGUUCGGAGCAGAGUGGUGCCUCUGUUCCAGCCACAGCCAGUGGCCAAUCCUCGACUGGAGGCUCAACUGUCAACAAGGCAGGAUUCUCGCCCCGCGGUGAACCAUCGCGACGUGGACGUGGUGGACUCUCCAGUGGCGGCGGCAGCUCAGCGCCAGGCUAUCGACGACAGCCUGGAGGCGGCGCCAGUGGAGGAUCCAGCGGAGGAGGACGCGCCUAUGGAAGAUUGGGUUAUGAGGAGUAUAACAAGCGUAAUUCCGAAUCGGAAACGGGCAACUCGGCCACAGAUCUGGACAAGACGAAGCAGAAUCAACUGGCAUUGAGCGCGGGAUUGCACAAGUCCAAGGAGGACAAGGAGGAGUCCGACAAGGAUAAGAUUAACAAUAGCAACAACAACAUAGCAAACAACAACAACACUGCCGUGGCCAAGGAGGAGCCACACAAGGAUGCAACUGCCACAACAGUUGGAGGAGGAGCAGCAGCAGCAGCAGCAGUUGUUGGUGUCGGAACAGCAGCAACAACAGCCAGACCACCGCCAGGACUGAGCACAGCUGCUGUUCCAUCUGCAAUGGCUGCCCCAGGCAGUGAUGUGCCUGGCAAGAAAAAGCAGCUAGAGUCAACGAUAACAACAGCAUCAUCAAUAGCAUCAUCAACAGCAGCAACAUCUGUAAUUGUGCCGCCAAUAGCAGCUACAAUUGCUGCGGCAACAGCGCCAAUUGGUGACAAAUCGAAAUUGUCCGCCAUUGGCGAUAAAAGCGUUGUGGGCGUACGUGGUGGAGUGGGCGUGGUGGGUGCAGCAUCCAUGAUUGAUGCCAAUGCGCCUGUAAAUACGCUCGUAUUCGAAAACUCCACAUACAAGCAACAACAACAGCAACAACAACAACAGCAGGCAGCUGCUGCAGCUGUGCCGCUCAAGCAAGCAGCGUUGGGUGGUGCAGGAGCAACUGCAUCCGCCGUGGAGAGCUUGUCCAGCGCCUUGUCACAGAUGAGCUUUGGCAAGGAUGAAGAGCAACAACAGCAGCAGCAGCAGGACAUGAAAUUGGGCUUCAGUUUCAGCGAUGAUGCCACGCCCCUUAAGGUGGUGGACAGUCUGGAGGCAGCCAGCAAGGUGGCCAGUCAGCACCACCAUCACCAGCAACAACAACACCAGCAACAGCAGCAACAAAACAAUUCAACAGCAGAUUUAAAUAUGAAGAUUGCGAGUGUUAAAAAAGUGUGGGAGUCGGCCACGCCCAUGUCGGAGGCAACGCAGCAAGCAACGCAACAACAGCAGCAACAGCAACAUCAGCAGCAGCAACAACACUCACAACAGCAACAGCAGCCACAACAGUCGCAGCACGGACAACAUGGUCCUCAUGGACAACAACAACAACAAGUCUCGAGCUCUGUUGUCGAUGACAAUGCAAGUCACAUGACAGCGGCAUCGUUUGUUGCUGCCGUGGCAGCCUCACAGCAACAGCAGCAGCAACAACAUCAGCAACAAAUGACACACUAUGCAGUGUCGGCGGUGCAUAUGCAGGGACACCACCAGCAACAGCAGCAACCCCAUCAUCAGCAACAACAACAACAACAGACGCAUCAUGGUCACCAUGCGCUGUCUUCACCUGGCCCAGUUUAUGGUAGUCAUGGAUCACCUUUUGAUUCGGGUACACUGGAGCAACAGUUCCAGCAACAGCAGCAGCAGCAGCAACAACAACAACAAGAUGAUUAUCCCAGUCCACAGCAGCAGCAACAACAUUCGCAGCAACAUCAACAGCAGGUGAAGGCCAAACAAUUGCAUGCAGGAUUGGGUAUGUCGCCACCGCCAAGUCACCAGCAACAACAGCAGCAGCAGCACUCGCAGCAGCAACAACACUCGCAGCAACAUGCACAGCAGCAGCACUCGCAACAGCAGCAGCAACAACAACAACAAUUGCCAUUCUAUCAGGCAUCACCACAAUUUGGUGUCGGCGGCAUUCCAACGAUUCCCAGCCCGCCGGCGGUUGUGUUCAAUUCAUCGCAACUGGCGCCGCCACCACAGGUGCCACCACCGCAGGUGGCAUCGCAGGCGGGCAAUCUGUAUGCACCAUUCCAUUCGCUUGAUCAUUCGAGCCGCUCGCCCGCCUAUUCGGCGGCAGCGCACAGUUUCCCUGGACAUUAUGCGGCGGCAGCUGCAGCGGCAGCCGCUGGUGGCGCCUUCAAUGCGUAUGCGAUGCAGACACCGCAUGGUCAUGGCGCCAAUAUGCCACCACCGCCCACAGCGCCCACGCCCGACAUGUACUCCAAUCUGACAUCGCAGUUUCGUCUGGGAAGCGGACCAUUUGGACAGCCGCCGCCACAGCCCAAUUCACAGCAGCUGAGCAAUCCGAAUGCCGCUGCCGUUGCCAUCAUUAGCUCCAACAGCAGCUCCAUGAUGUCAUCGGGUGCUAGCAAACCACCUCCCAGUCAACAGCCCAUUGGGGCCAUCGGUUCCAAGUCCGCCGGCAGUCAAGGUGGACCCGGUCCAGGACCUGGUCCCGGACCCGGUCCUUAUGCCGCCGCUCAGCAGUACAUGAAUCUUUAUCCCGUGGCGCCGCAACAUCCCGGCCAGGGUGGACCACCGCCAGGUGCCCAUCAGCUGCAAUCCAAUAGCUAUUACUCGAAUUCUGCAGGCGGACCGAAUGGUCCUCCAUUCUAUGGUGGUCCACCGCCUCAAGGUGCCGGUGGUGGUGCACAAAAUUAUGGCCUGGCCACUGCAGCGGGCAUGUAUGGCGGGCAUCAGGGUGGACCACCCGGAUCGAAUGGUCCUCCGGGCCCACAAUCGCAACACACGAUGGGCAACUUUAAUACACAGUUUAUGAACUCGCAACUUCUCACGGCAGCCGGAAUGAGUCAGUUCCGUGGUGGACCAACGCCAGGUGGGGGAUAUCUGAAGAACAGCCAGGGACAGGGACACAUGCAGGACUCGAUGGGCAGACAGCUGAAGAGUCCGCUAAGCGCUGACAUGAGCCUCGGGCUGGCCAAACAGGUGCAGUCGCAGCCUAGUCCGCCGCACCACAAGAACUAUGGCGGCUGGGAUCUGCAGAAUCAAGUGAUGCAGCAGCAGCAGCAGCAAUCUCAGCAGCAGCGACAGGGCGGCAAUGGCAACAACAUGAACGCAUUGGGCGGACGCGGCAGCGGUGCAGUGGGCAGCGGUGCGGGUGGCUCUCAGGUGGUUGGCGGCGGUGGCGGUGGCAAUGGUGUUGGCAGCGUUGGACAAAGCGGCGGCGGUGGCCAAGGACGUUAUCCGGCGCCCAUACAGCGACCCAACAAUUAUCCACAGCAUCCGCAACAGCAGCAGCAACAACAACAGCAACAGCAGCAGCAACAACAACAACAACGGGAUCAGGCAGCGGCGGCAGCGCAGCGCGCUCAAAGCAUGCGACAGGUGACGGGUGGCGGAGGCGGCGCCGGCAGCGCCGGUAAUAGCAAUGCACCUGGUGUGCCACCUGGCGCCAACAAUGGCGGCAACGGCGGCCCUGGUGGCCCUGGUGGAGCCGGCGGUGGCUCCUCACCAGCUGCGGCGGCGGCUGCGGCAGCGGCUGCAGCAGCGGCACAGCUGAGCAAGCCCUAUUAUUCAAACAAUGCGGCAGGCGCCGGCGGCGGCGCCAACCGUGGUGAGUGGCACGCGAAUUGAGCGACAGAUCGACAAAUGGCGGCCACGUCCAGUAAAACCCCUCGCACACACACAUACACCAACCAUAACACACAUACACACACACACACAGACAGCAUAUAUACACAGAAAUGAAACAUUAAAACUAGGUUAUGUGCAUUCAAAGAGAGCGAGAGCGAGCGUUGCAAACAAACAGACGGACACAGCGAGAGAGUGCAUAACAGAGAGCGAAAGCGAGAGCGAGCAGCACAGCAAAAGAAAUAUUUACUUAUGCAUAAAUUAUAAACAUAUAAAAACAAAGUACUAAAAACCAACAACAACAACAGCAAAAAUACUAGCGAAAGCGCCAAUUGAGCAAGAGAGAGAGUGUAAACGAGCAAGAGAAGAGCGCAAAACUUAACACUAAUUAAAAUACAUAUAAACAGCAAAAAGCGAAACUUUAAAAUGGUAAAACAAAAACAACACAAAAACACAAACAAAAACAAAAACAAUAACAACAACUGCAACUAUUUAAAGUUACAAAAAAAAAAUAAAUAAAAAACAAACUUAUAUAAAAUCGUAAACUUGCUGCAAAAAUUGCAAUUGAAAAAAAAAACAAAACAAAAGAAAAGAAAAACGCAAAACGCCUAAAUGCAACAACAUAUGCCAGAUUAAAAAGUAAAAUGAGCGAUAAGAAAAAAUGCAACAAGAAAACAAAAAAAAAACAACAUGAAAAUUAUGUGAAAGAGAAAUCUAUAAUUUAGUUGGGUUACACACACACACACACACACACACACAAAUACAUAACACACACACAAAUGGAUUGAAUCUGCAGCUGCGUUAAAAUAAUUAACUAAAUAUUGACAAACGCCAAUUCCUCCCCCCCUGUCCACACACACACAUUAACACACACACAUAUACACAUACACACACGCACACCCAACACAAACAUUGCGAAAUCUACAUAUAAUUAAGGAAAAAAUGCGAAACAACAAUAUUAUGCUUUUCAUUUAUAUUAAUAUUCACAUAAAUAUACUUUAUAUUAUAAUUAUUAUCAUUUUUUUUAAUAUGUAUUGUGUUAACUUUAGCCCUUAGUUUAUGUUUAAAAACAACAACAACAAAAAUAAUGAAAAAACAAACACAACUGCAAAAAAAA